UGAGGCUUGACUGACACAAAAGCAGUUCAGCUUCUUUGGAAACUAAUUAUAUAAAACUAGAUUAUUGCAUUAUAUCACCAAAAUGUUUAUUUAAUAUUAAAAUUAUUUUAGUAAAUGCUCUUUGCUAACUGCUGUCUCCAGUCUGCAUCAAAACAUGGAGUCCAGAUCUCUCUGCAUCAUACUCUUGAUGAUCAUCAUGAUUUUGCUGGGUGUACAGGAUAAGGAGGUUGAUGCAGUUUCUCUUCAUAUUUAUCCAAACAGAUUGCAGUUCUUUGAAUAUGAAGCAGUAACAUUUUACUGUGAAGGAGUCGAUUAUUGUGAAGUUGUGCAUAAAUUCAAAGGGAAAGUAAAAUCAUGUAACAGAACUAACGUGAGGACACCAACAGGAUCAUCCUGCAAGAUUAAAACUGCUUAUACAGACGACAGUGGAGAGUACUGGUAUACGACUGAAGGAGGGAUGAGAAGCAACAGUAUCAACAUCUCCAUCACUGAUGGUGCUGUGAUCCUGGAGAGUCCUGCUGUUCCUGUGUUAAUGGAAGAAACUGUGACUCUGAGCUGCAGAAACAAAACUGCAUCCUCCAGCUUCACAGCUGAUUUCUACAAAAAUGGAUAUCUCAUCCAUAGAGGCUCCACAGGAAACAUGACCCUACAGAGAGUUUCAGAGUCAGAUGAAGGACUUUAUAAGUGCAACAUUAUAGGAGCUGGAGAAUCACCAGAGAGCUGGCUGAACGUCACAGAUGUAAAUUACAUAACUACUCCAGAUGGUCACCAAGACAUGAGCCAUUCCUCCUCUGCUGCCACACCCUGGAUCAUUUGCAUCAUUUUAUUUACUGCUCUGUUGGUGGCAGUGGGACUGUAUCACUUUGGAAAAGGUUCUUACUGGGACAAAGCAUUGUGUUGUCAGUCUACAAGGGUAGACUGUGCAGACUCAGCUGUGGAUGGAACAGUCUACAUAGAGGCCAGCACAGUGGAUGCAGACAGAGCAACGUAUGCCGUAGUAAGAAAAAACAGGAAGAGGAAAGAAGAUGAAGGUGUAUUGCCCUCUAGACCUGUUCACUACAACUACGCCAUAAGGGACACUCAACCACAAGAAUCAGAAGCAGGAACCAACACAAAGAUGUCUUCAGCAGGAAUCUACCAGCCUAUAGCAGAGGAUCCAUCCUAUUCUAUGAUACAGAUGGUUGCUGACAGAGCUGACUGAAAACAUAAACACAUCUGAGAUAGAGUGAAAGUAAUGAUGUGACCAAGAUUUAUUAAAUGUCUUAAUUGGCACUAUACACAUGUACAUUACAUGUACCAAUGAAAAAAAAGUCUGUGCAUGUUCAACUGGAUUUGAUGUGCUCAUGUAUAUUUUGUUGUAGUUUAUGUGUAUUUAAUCAUCUGCUUUUAGUUGCACUUGCUUUGCCUUUUUACACAUACAUGAAUGUUGCUACAAGAAAAAAGCUCCUGCAGCUUUAAAAUUGACUCGGUGUGGUCAACCGCUACUCUGUUACUUGUUUUCCAAAACAGAUGAACCAUGUUUGUGGUCAGCAGUGAAAUAAA